AUGCAGUCGUUGCACUAUAACAGUGGCUCAAUUAAACUAACCCGAGAACGCUGUACGAUGGUCACACGUUGGGAAGCGAACGAAGUUGCAAGAUGGAUCGGAGGUCUCGCUAAUAUUCAAAGUGGUAUAAGUGAUAUCUUUUGCGAGCAUAACAUUGAUGGAGUCGCCUUAAGCUUACUACUUCGAGAAGAUCUUAUUCGAAUGGGUAUAACCAAACUUGAUCAACAGCUGAUCAUCAUGCAGUCAAUUGACACACUGCUCACACUUGUCAAUCGGCUACGUAGCGAAACUCUUGCUGUACUUUUCAUGCGUAUCCAUUGUACGGCAACAACAUGUGUGAAUCUGUUGAAACGUCAAGACGAUAAAGAUUCAUCGAAUGAUAAUAGCAAUGUGAUAAAUUCACCUGAAUGCUACACAGCAAUUAGUAGUUUAUCGGACGCAAUCGUCACUGCUUGCCAUUGGUUGGGAAGAUUGCCCUUUAUUGAAAACAUUGAAUAUAUUGAUUUACGACGAAAGAUAAUUAAAGUUUUAGUUCAGAUACGAGUUCUAGUUCGUAAUUUACGAGCUAUUGACCAAAUUAACAUGCCCAAAUCAAGAUUAAUCUUAGAUAUCGGCGAACUACGUACACUGGCGAUUUCUCUUGUUCGUCAAAAUAAAGAUUCGCUAUUCUCAUCGGAUUGCUAUCUAACGAGAGUUCAUUUACGACGCCCAAUAAAAGAUGAUGUGAACAUCGAAUACACAACCAUGCCUGAUUAUACUCAUGUGAUAUCUAGUAUUGAAACCGAGGCGGCGAGUUUUAUGGGAUCGGGUUUUAGUGCAAUCAACAUCGGCGAUGAAAUUAUAGAAAUUAAUAAUCAAGUUGUGAUUGGUUGGGAUCCAACGCAUUUCAAUGAAUUACUUCGUACCUCGUCACAUUCCAACGAAAUAUGUUUACUGGUCAAAAAGAUGCCUCGACAUAAUGACGACGAAGUGUAUACGAAACGCCUUGCUGAUGGACCACAAAACCCUCGGCGAUCACGAGCCCGUGGAGCACUUGAGCGAAGAAAUCAGCAAACACAAGAAAAUCGAACGAUGCUAUUGGAGGAAGAUGGAAUUGAAGAGGAAGAGCAGAUUGAAGUUGAAAGUGAUGAUGAAACGUUGUAUCAAAGCAAACGAUCAUCACAAAUUAAACGUGAUCAGCAUACAUCGCUACCUGAUCUUUCGGAAUCAUUGGCUAAUGAUAGUAACACUUCUUAUAACAACAGUGAAACUUCAAAUCAUACAAUACCAUCAUCAAUCAAUUCAUCUGUUUCAACAAUGGCAUUAACAUCACCUACCUCUCCAACACGGUCCGAUUCGAAACAAAUUGAUACGAAUCAUGAACGAACACAAUCGAUCGGUGCCAGUACAGGACAGCCAUCAUCCCCCAACGCCACACCAAAGAGUCCACGAAAAACAGGUUUUGAAUCGUACCUUACAACGAUAUUUCGUCCACGACAAGACACUAAAUCUGUCAUUGCUGACAUGAAUGAUCACACAAAUAAAGACCAUCCACAAUUAGUAAACGUCAGACGUAUUCAUUCCAUACACAAACAAAGUUCUUCCACAUCACUGCAUGAUGAUCAAAUAUCAUCGUCGCCAACACCGGAUAAAAGUGGUAGUCAAAGCAGUUUACAAACAUCAUCAUCGACACGUUCAUCACUUUCAAGCAUAUUUCGAUCAUGUGAUCAGUCUGAUAAGAAUCGUCGCAAACGAUCGAAUGAUGAUACGAGCAAGAACAUGACAUUCCGUAACGAGAUGAAAAUGGAAUUUUGUUCCAUCUUCUACAACAAUAAUAAUCCCCCUGUAGUAACAAACAAACCACCCUUAAAUCACAGUGACAGUCGAAAGAGUUCAGGCUCGAUCGAACGGCGUCAUCCAAAACGCACAUCUUCAUACAAAACAAUUUCAUGUAAAGAUUUGGGUAAAGGUGAUUGUGAAGGGCUUUUAUAUCGUUAUUGUGGGAAAGCUGCUUUACCUUUUGCGCAAUGGAAACUUUGUUGGUGUGUACUAAAAGGUGGUACCCUAUAUGUAUUCAAAUCUCAAGACGAUAAAAAUCAAGAAAUCGAAAUAAAGCUCGAAGGAAAAAAUGUUUCACCAGCACCGGAAAAGAGAAAAUAUGCAUUUCGUAUUGCCGACGAAAGUAGCAAAGAUCGUGAAUAUUUCCAUUGUAAAUCACGUGAUGAAAUGGCCAAAUGGAUGAACAAAAUGGGUUUAGCAGCGAUUAACUUCAAUAUUGAUGACUCAAAGAUCGCUGGUUUCAAUAAAGGUUUCGUUGAUUCCCGAGAAGGAUCACCGGCGACGACGCCAGUCAUUGGUUCACAUUCAACCUCGAAACUAAAGCUAUCACGAACGAAACAAAUCAGCUCAAUUGGGGAUAGCGGAAAUGAUUCCGAUAAGGAAUCCUAUGCAUCAUGGCAAAAAUCUGCAUCACAUCAUAGUAGUAUAUCCGAUAUUAUGUCAACGAAAGAAAAAAGUUUGCCAACAAACGAUACACUAACGAAAGAUUCAGCGCCUUCUCGUCACAUACGAUCAGCAUCGUCGACAUCCAUACUAUCAUUGCCUGGCACGAAUACGAAUUUCUUGAAACCAACUGAUAACAAUCCGGUCAAUACGGCGAAGGUCCUGUCGAGCAAAGGACAUCAUCGAACGUGUAGUUCACCGAUACGAUUUCCACCAGCAUAUGAAGAGGAUCAUGAAAAUGCCUAUGUUAAUGCAGCACCACGAUUUUCGGAUUCGGAUUCAUCAUGUGAACCUCCACAUCAACGUGUAUUCGUUAACAGCCAACUUUUAACUAACAAUCAUAAGCAAGAAGGUCAUCAAUCAUCAAAAAGUCAUCGCCCAUUAAUGCUCAACUCCUCAGGUGGCUUCUCCACUCCCACAGCUGCACUAUCUUCCACAUCCAGUGAUAAAACUCCGUCGUUUUCUCCAUCACUAAGCAGAUCAUCAUCUCAACUACCUUCAGAGAACAGUAUUUUUCUUCUUGGCGACGAAGAACUCUCCUUGUCAUCAUCUCGAUCCGCAAGCUACUGUUAUGAUCGACCCAAUUCAUUCUCUGAAGAUCCGUUAUCACCCGUUUCUCGUCCCGAGUUGUUCUUACCAACACCCAGUUACUCCGGAUCUCAAGAAAAUUCGCCUGCUGUUACUCAUACUCCUCCUAUGUAUAUAUCCGUACAUCCAUCGUCCUCACCCAUUCCCGUAACAAAGAGUACUCUUCCAGUAUCGAAAUCUCCACAGAACGAUGACGAUUCAUUGUUUUCGCGUCGCUCUCCAGCGUCAUCCUACAAAACGAGCGAACAGCUAAGUCAUUCCUCAAAACAUAUUCUUACUUCAUCAAUGCAUCAGCUUCCAAAUUCCAAUGCACGACAAGGACAACAUUCGCUUUCAUCAUCGUUGUCCGGAACUUAUAAAAGUCACACUUUUCUACCUGUAUCACCUGAUGAAGAACAAAAUUGA